CUUUUUUGGUCGUCUCGUGUUCCCUCCAGACGCUUCCUUCCGUGCCCCGUAAAAUGCGACCGCAGUGGAAGAUGGGCGUCAUCCAGGCCACCGAGGCGCUGGCCAUGUCGCUGGAUGACCGCCUGGCCAACUUCAUCUUCAUGUACGACGAUAACGGGCCCCACCUCAACCCCUGCAUCCUGGACAAGCUCAAGCCGGAGUCCAGCGCGGAGGCGGAGGCCCGGCUCUCGAUGGGCGUGGCCGCGGCCAAAGACGGGCCGCGGCUGAACGGAGGCCAUCUGAAGACCGGCCCGCAGAGGAAGAAGAAAGACGCCGCCGCUCCGCUGCAGGAACCGGCGGUACCCGUCAAGAAGAAGCCGAGACCCAAACAAGGCGGCUCCCCUCUAAAGACGGACGGAAGGAGGAAAACGUCAACGGGUCCCGCCAAGAAGAGGACGUUGGGAGAAGGUUCGCCUCCGGGUCAGUUGCAACGGGACGCUUUUUACGCGGCCGCAUUGCCUUUCAAAGGCGCCCAAACGGCUGCUCGGUGAUUUCUGAA